UCAAUACUCAUGGCAGCAAUCUUGUCCCAGGUCUCUUCAGUCACCGACCCCGAUCAUACAAAACUGAAACCGAUACUGGAUGACGGAGAUAAAGAUGGGGCGGCGGAGACGAAAGACUCUUCGAAGUCUGCUAAACGAGGUGAGACGGGUACCGGAUGCGAUGACGACUCUAGUGAUGACGAAUGUACUUUGCCCUCAAGAAGAUGAAGAGCUGGCUGAACUGUGCGACUUUGCUCUUUCUUUAUGUGAGACUCAACCGCUUUGCCCUCAAGAAGAUGAAGAACUGGCUGAACUGUGUGACUUUGCUCUUUCUCUUUGUGAGACUCAACAUGUCUCUUCCAUCACCGAGUCUGACCAUACAAAACCGAAACUGAAACUGGAUGAUGGAGAUAAAGAUGAGGCGGAGGAGACGAAAGACACUUUGAAGUCCCCUAAACAAGGGGAGGCGGGUAGAGGAUAUGAUGAUGACUCUAGUGAUGAUGACAUAAGUGGUCCCAUGCUUUCCUCUCAAGAAGUUGAAGAACUGGUUGAACUGUGUGACUUUGCUCUUUCUCUUUAUGAGACCCAACAUCCAGGAGAGUAUUGGAAGUUUGAGAGGGGUUAUGGAGGGAAACGAUGGUAUACUCUUACCGAUCAGUAUCUCCUUGAAUUUUUCGGCAAAAAGGCAGAUUGUAAUUCCUUACGAAAUUUUGUGGUGCUUGCCAUUUGUUCUGAUUUUGCGGGAUGUGAAAAAUUCAAAGUAGACCAAUGUGUCUUAGUGAAAGAUGAUGAGGUGGAGCCAAUGGAUGAAAAUAUUAAGGAAAGGGUGAGCAUGGAGAGUGGCCGAAUUUUCCUAUUUUCACAUAAAGAGCUCCAGGAACAUUAUGAAAAAUUUGUUGAAUUCUGCAAGUCUGCGCUCACUUACUAUCAAGAGCGCCAUGUCGGAGAAGCUUAUGAGUUUGUGGAGAUACAGACGGCGAGACACUCUAUCAUUAGAGGCAUUUUUAUAUUUCAUGCGAAAAAGAAGGCCGAUGCUACUCUUGCAACUUUUAAAGCCUAUACUCAUCCUCUCGUUCUACGCAUGGACAUAGAUGUUGUGGGCUCUUUUGAGGAAUAUUUCAGCGGUCUCUUUGCCUCUCUCCGCUCACUGUCGCUGCCACUCUGCUCGGCCGUCUCUUUGCGACCUCUGCCCCCUAUUGUCUCGCCGGCGGCCGUCCUUCCUCACCGCUUAGCCGCGACUGCACACCAUCGACAGCGACCGCCCAGCCUCACCUCCCAGCCGCUGCGUCUCUGAAACUUGAUGAUAUUGAAAGAAGAGGCUUUCUGAAAUGAUACACAACAUCCAGGAGAGUGUUGGAAGUUUGAGAGCUUGCAUCCGUACCGGUGGGACGAGUGGUAUGCUUCUACCGAUCAUUAUCACCUUGAAUUUUUUGGCAAAAACGCAGAUGGUAAAUCUAUACGAAAUUUUGUGGUGGAUAUCAUUUGUUGUGGUUUUGGGGCACAUGAAAAAUUAACAGUACACCAAUGUUGUCGGCUCUGGACAUGGACAUGGACGUUGUCGGCUCUUUUAAGCAAUGUCGUCGCAGAAAUCGCUAUUAGGACAAUCCUUUUUUUUUUUGUAAAACGGACUCUGGGCUUGUUUGGUUAUUAGCGGUAGCGGAUGGUGUUAGCGG